CUUAGGUUCGAAUUCCAUAAAAGCUAGGUUGUUUAACAACUUACUCCCGCGGCACAACAAAUGCUCAACUACCCAUCACCAUUCUCACUUUACUCAGCCGUCGAACUACUCUGAAGGCACAGAAAAUUACGGAGCAAGACGCGACUCAUCUCAAUUAUCAGCCGUUGAAUCCAAAACAUCAGAUUUGAGGCGGCUGCCAUACAAACCCAUCGUUCUGCUGUUUCUUCCAAUACCAUCCACGCCGGAGCAAAUGUCCGCUCAAGUACGCAGUAGCUACCUCUUCCUCUAUAAUUCCAUUCAGGCCAUUGGAUGGGCAGUUUCACUUUGGAGAAUCUCCAACAGAUUAGCUUCCACAAAGUCUUUCAAUGGGGCCUACGCUUCUGCUGGAGAGCUUAUAUGUUUUCUGCAAAGACUGGCAUUCCUGGAAGUCGUACAUGGCGCUUUAGGGAUUGUUCCUAGUGGGGUUCUACUACCAUUGAUGCAAUGGGGUGGAAGAAUUCAAUUCCUACUAGCUCUCGUUCACUCCAUCAAUGAGGUCCAAGAACUGCCAGCAGUUUUCAUAACUUUUUUAGCUUGGAGCUUAUCUGAAGUUAUAAGAUAUUCACAUUAUGCCUUGAAUUGCAUUAGCACGCCACCGUAUUGGGUCACUUUCAUCAGGUACACUGCUUUUAUCGUACUGUAUCCCAUUGGAAUUGCUCCGGGUGAAAUGUGGCUCAUGUACGAAGCACUUCCAGUUAUAAAAGAGAAAAAGCUGUAUACAGAUGGCCUCCCUUUCAGCUAUUAUAACUUUGUUGUGGUAUGCAGUGGCGGAGCCAGAAAUCUAUGGUUAAGGGGGCUAGACCUUAAAAAUUUUACAAUCCAGGGGCCAAAAUUUAAAAUAUCAACAUAUUUUCUAUAGGUUAAAAGUAUUUAUAUAUAAUAUAUACUUAAGAAUUUUUUUCCUUGCAGGGGCCGUGGCCCCCUCCAGCCCCUCCCUGUCUCCACCCCUGGUGGUAUGUACAUCGUCGCCUUUCCUUAUGCCUCAUUAAGCUAAGGAAGUUGUUAUUUUGUGGUUUUGGCUGUCAUAGUCUUGUUUAAUUCUGGGAAAUAGUAGGGAAAGGAUUAAAGCUGUUCAAGGAAAGAAUAACACUUUGGGAAAUUUCUACCAUCAUUUUUGUGACACUUUCAUAUCUCAAAAUGACCCCACGGUAUACACUUUUCGUAGAAUAAGUGUAAAAUAACCCUCAUUGUAAGUUUUUUUUGGGGAGGGUCAUUAUGAGAAACAUUAUACGACUGAAGCUGACUUAAAGUAAAUCCCCCCUUUUAUGUUUGGUUUUGAUCUUUUAAAAUGCGAAAGAUCAAACAGCCCCUUGUAGGUUAUCAAGCAUUAGUUAAUUAAUGAGAGAUUUACCUAAAUAGGAUUAAAAUAAGGUAGAAUUGCAAAACUAGGACUGCUCUGUUUUAUUUCACAAAAAUAGGACUAAAAAGAGGUAAUUAGACAAAACUACCCUUAAUUAAAAGAGCGAUGCACACAGUGACGCACAACAACCUCCAUCGUUAUUGCUCCAGACACGCAGCGAUCCUUCCUCCCAUGGACGCCAAAAUUGAAUCUCCAUAGCUGCAUUAAUCACUCACGCUAGAACCUCCAUGGCCGCAAUCCUCUAUUCACGUCGAAAAAGUUCCAUAGUCGGGCAUCUCUUCUGUAAUUUCCCAGAGAAAGAAGAAGAGAAAGAGGAAGAGGAAGAAGAAGAAGAAGAAGAAAAAGAAUAGAGGAGGAGGAUACCAUGGUCGACAGCGGAGCUGCGGUGCGUGGCCAAGCCGUUGGCAAAGCUGCUGUCCUUGGGAGGAAGGGAUGUGGGGAGCUGCAGCGAUGAAUUCUAUCGCACCGACGAAUUGCAGAAGAAGGCAGAACCAUCGAUGAAUUACAGCGGAAUUGAGAAGCGAGAAGUUGGGUUUUAAUUGCAGAAGGGCAAAAGUGUAAUCUGGAGUCCCAUUUAGGCAAUUUAAAACUUCAAGUCCUAUUUUGGAGUUUUAACCAUGUUUUAGUCUUAUUUAGGAUAAUGUCUUUUAAUUAAUUUAUAAAUAAGAAUGCAAACCGGAAGAGAAUGUUACUGCCGCCGCUAAUGUUUGUUGGUU